AUGACAAGUGUUUAUACUUCAGAUUUGAAGAAUGUAAGAAGAGCACCAGCACCACCAUUAGAUGUUACCCUGGGAAAUAAAAUUCAUUUGGAAUCUUUAAACAUAAAAGACAGACCUAUUCAAUUAAAUAUAAAUGCAAAUAAACGUCAUAGUGGAUGGGUUCAUGUGAAAGAAGAUGGUUUAUUUACUUCAUUUAGAUGGAAUAAAAGAUUCAUGGUAAUCAACGAUAAAACUGUAAAGUUUUAUAAAAAUGAGCCAUCACUUGGUGACGUAUCAAAUCCAGAUUCAUCAUUUUCAUUGAAUUCAAUUGGUAAUAUAAAUAUAAAACCAGGAAGUGGCUAUUCAAAAAAUUCGCAGUCAUUUGAAAUUGUUUUUAAAAACGGAGGUAAAUCCAUUAUAAUUUCUAUAAAAUCAAAUAAUGAUUACCUAGAUUGGUUAGAUACUUUUACAACAAAAUGUCCUUUGAUUCAAAUCGGUCAGUCAAAUUCAUCGUCAAAUUCAACGGGCUCAACUACAUCACUGACAUCAUCAGGUUUUAACCUAUCAUCGUCAUCAUUAAAUGCGCUUUCUGCAUCAUCACUACUAAAUGGAGGUAAUUCAGGUGUUUCAAGUCCAAUCAAUUUCACUCAUAAAGUUCACGUUGGUUUUGAUCCUGCUAGUGGUAAUUUUACUGGUUUACCAGAUACUUGGAAGAGUUUGUUACAACAUUCUAAAAUCACUAAUGAAGAUUGGAAAAAAGAUCCAGUCGCUGUUAUUGAAGUAUUAGAAUUUUAUUCGGAUAUUAAUGGAGGCUCAAACCUGGGUACACCGAUUGGAUCACCAAUGGUCAAUAGCAACGCUAAUAAUGACGGUAGUAUUAUUAAUUCAUCGAAUAACUCCAAUAAUUUACAAGAAUGGACGAAACCACCAUCAAAAACUACAAUCGCGCAGUUCAAACCAAGUAGAGCUGCUCCAAAACCUCCAACACCUUAUCAUUUAACACAAUUGGGAAGCAAUAGUAACGAAUAUGAAUUUUCCAAAAAUAACAACAAUAUUUCUCCCUUAAAUAAUUUACUAAACAAAACUGAGUUAUCAAACAAAUCUAAUCUUGUUCCUGUUAGAAAAGCUCCUCCACCCCCUAUCUCCGCACUAAAAGAUCAAGUAUCAACUAAUCCACAAACUUUGAACUAUAAUUCAAACCAUCCUUCAAACAUUCCAAAACAGAAUCCUCCUACUUUGCCACUGAAUAAUAAUCCUAAGAUUCAUCCAGAUUUAAAAAUUCAAAAAGGGUAUAAUAACAUAUCGGACAAAUUUGAAGAGCAACAGUCACUCAACAAACAUAAACAACUCAAGCCUUUCCAUUUGAAUCAGAAACAAACUCAAGAUCCAAAAGAAUUCAAAGUUAAAGAUACACCAAUUAAAAGUCAAGAAAACGCAAUUUUAUCUGGAGCCUCACAUUCUGUAACAAAACCAUUGAAUCCUAUCGAUGAUUCAAUAAAACCAUUAAAACUAAAAUCACAAGAGAAUUUACACGAUGGCAAAGUUCAAAAACCCCCAAUGGGUCCCGCGACUACAAAAACUCCAAAACAGUUAAAAAAAGAAAGAGAAAGAUUGAAUGAUUUACAAAUAUUAGCAAAAUUAAAAACAGUAGUAAAUAGUAAAGACCCAAAGCCAUUAUUCAGGUUGCUCGCUAAAGCUGGUCAAGGUGCUAGUGGUAAUGUUUUUCUUGCAGAAAUGAUUCAAACUAAAAAGAAGGUUGCAAUAAAACAGAUGGAUCUUAAUGUCCAACCACGUAAAGAAUUAAUAAUCAAUGAAAUUUUAGUGAUGAAAGAUAGUCAACACAAGAAUAUUGUCAACUUUUUGGAUUCAUAUUUAAGAAAUGAUUCUGAGUUAUGGGUAAUUAUGGAAUAUAUGGAAGGUGGUUCAUUAACUGAAAUAAUCGAAAACAACGAAUUUAAGUUGAACGAAAGACAAAUUGCUACUAUUUGUUUUGAGACAUUGAAAGGUUUACAACAUUUACAUAAAAAGCAUAUUAUUCAUCGUGAUAUCAAGUCAGACAAUGUUUUAUUAGAUGCACUUGGAAAUGUGAAGAUUACAGAUUUUGGAUUUUGUGCCAAACUUACUGAUCAAAGAAAUAAAAGAGCAACAAUGGUUGGAACGCCAUAUUGGAUGGCUCCUGAAGUUGUCAAGCAAAAAGAAUAUGACGAAAAAGUAGAUGUUUGGUCCUUGGGUAUAAUGACAAUUGAAAUGAUUGAAGGUGAGCCACCUUAUCUUAAUGAAGAACCCCUCAAAGCAUUGUAUUUAAUUGCAACAAAUGGAACUCCAAAAUUAAAGAAACCGGAAUUAUUAUCAAAUUCAAUCAAGAAAUUUUUAUCCAUAUGUCUUUGUGUUGAUGUAAGAUAUCGAGCAACUACUGAUGAAUUAUUGGAACAUUCAUUCAUUCAACAUAAAUCAGGUAAAAUUGAAGAAUUAGCUCCCUUAUUAGAAUGGAAAAUGAAACAAAUUGAAGAACAAAUACAAGAGCAUCGUCAAAAUGAGUCACCAAAUAAUGAGAUUUUUGAUUAA